GGAAACCUCGAGGUUGGUUCGGCCCGUCGCCAUAUCAUGUCCCAGUCGUCGUUGACCCGCUACGAGGCCAACGCCACGGGCGCGACGUCGCCAGAGUCGCCCGACCGCCAGGGGCGGCCGCCGAGUCCACAGCCGCCGCAGCAGCGGGGCCCGCGACCGGAUCCACGCCAGCCGCCGACUCUGGUGCACAACUUUCACGACUGCUCCGUGGAGAUGUCCGCCAGUCGAGCCCGGCAGAGACCCGUGCGGAGCCGAACCACCGAACGCCUUAUCGAGAAAAAUGUCCGCGUCUGGCAGCCCUCGUCUGUACUCCUCAGGAAGGAGUUCCUGAACAUCAUGUUCAUCACAGCGGCCGUGUUCACGGUGACGGGCGCCGUGGUCGCCGUUCGCUCGGCGUUCGGCGCGGAGCCAGAGGACGCGUGGGCGCUUCCGCUCGAGGAAGACAUGCAGGCGAGCCGCAAGCGCCUCUACUGCUUCUUCAACCACUCGGCGCACCGUCGGCCCGAGCCCGUGCGCUUCGGCGUCGACAGCAUACGCGUCGAGCUGUGCGACGACAUCGUCUACUGCUACCUGGGCGUCGACCCGGCAACCGCCAACAUCGUCAGCAAGGAUCCUAAGUUUGACAUCCAACAAGAAGGCCUCAGAAAGUUCACCAGACUGCGGGAUAAAGACGUGAGCUUGGUCAUCUGGGCCGCGGUGGGCGGCCGCCGCUCGGACGGCGAGGCGUUCCGCAAGCUGGCCGUUCAGCGACGCUACCGCGUCGAGUUCUCGGAGAACGCGGCCCGCUGGCUGCUGCAGUACGGCUUCGACGGCCUGGUGCUGCACUGGCCGAACCCCAUGGGCGACCAGGACCGCCAGGCGUUGGGCACCUUCCUGCGCACGCUGCGCCGGCGCCUCUCGGCCGACGGCCAGCGCCUCGCCGUCGUGGUGCCCGCCGACAAGGCGGAGCGCAACGCGGGAUUCGACGUGCAGGACAUCAUAAACCUGGUGGACGUGAUGUUCGUGGAGACCCACCGCACCAUGGAGCCGGCGACGUUCCCCGUGACGAGCUUCUACAGCCCGCUGCGCGUCAAGACGCAGGCCAAGCGCCGGGGACAGACGGGCCUGUCGCACGUGCUGGGCGACAUGUCGCUCGAGCUCACCCAGAUGGACAAGGUCGUCUUCGGCGUCACCCUCGCCGGGGCCUCCUUCACGCUCAAGAACGUCGCCGCCAACAAGGCGGGCGACCCAUCGGCGGGUCCGGGCAAGCCCGGCCUGUUCACCCGCCAGCCGGGCACGCUGAGCCACUACGAACUGGAGCAGAUGCUGGCGCACGACCUGAGCUGGUCGCGCCAGUUCGACCGGGUCGCCCAGUGCUCGUAUGUCGUCAACGGCGACCAGUGGGUGGGCUUCGAGGACGACGUGUCGCUGCAGAGCAAGGCCCACCUGCUGCUCUUCACCGGCGGCAUCGCCGUUUGGGACAUCUGCAUGGACGACUUCCGGGGCACCUUCGGCCGGCCGCUGCUGGCCCGCGCGCGGGACAUCCUGCUGCGGAACCACACCUUCGGCCACAGCCUGCGCGCCAAGGGCCGCCUCGGGUGAACCGACGGCGCGCUGAAACUCCGCUGCUCGUCACCACGUGCCACGCGCGAACGUGAUGUGCUGCGUUCAGAAAACACGGGUGUUGUGCGCCCGUGCAUAUUAUAGACUCAUUUGGCGGCUGGGACGGCGAGCGCUGAACUCCAGUGAGACCGCAAAGCUGCGCGCGCCUUGUUUAGUGGUCCACGGCGCACUCAACUUGCGUUUAGUGUUUCUAGACCCGCGGACGUUGCUUUCCCGCAUUGUUCUUACGCGUAUGUGUGGGACAGCGAGCGUGCCCGUGAGAAAAUGUUGUACGGUAGCCUUGUAGAAAUGCCAACGUGUUUCGUUUACUUGUUAGU